AUGAACUCCAGCCUCUCCAAGCAGGUCAACAGCAGCAUUGACCAGCUGCACGGCAUCUUUGACGAAAUCGGUGUGCCCGACCAUGAGCGCGAGGCGCGGGAGGCAGAGCUGUUCCAAGCUCUGUCGGAAGCGCUCAACAACCACCUGCGCACGGUGACAAAGGAGAAGAAGGACAUGAUUGACGAAGCCAAGAAGACCGUCACCGCAAUCCGACAGAUGGAAGCCUCCAUGGACGACUCCAGGCCACGGCGUAAGAACUCGACCAGCGACGAACUGAAGCUUUCGUAUCCUCUGAUCCCUUGCCUGCAAAGGCUCAAGGAGAAGCACGGGCAGGUACAGAAGAAGCACAAGGAGCGAUUUGAACAAGUCAAGAAGCUCGUUGAAGCCCUCGAAUCAUACUCAUCGCACCUGGAGCCCUCAUUUGUCAAGAUUGCCCUCCCUCCCACCGGUCCCAGCCAAUCUAUCCCCCUAACGUUUGAUCUGUCACCAUCAUAUGUCACCCGCCUUGACGCAGAGUUUACGCGAGUGUAUGAAGAGUAUACUCGCCGGCUUACGACGGUGGAAACAUUGGGUGACGAAAUCAUCCAGCUGUGGGCCGAGCUUGGUGUUCCCCAAGCCCAGCAAGAUACAGCCAUCAUCAAGUAUUACCGCGAAGCCCCUGAGCAACUCGGCCUCCACCAGGAAGAUAUCCAGCGACUGCAAGCCAGGCUCGAUAAAUUAACGGAUGAGAAGAAGAGUCGCGAAAAGAAGCUACGCGACCUCAAGGCUACAGUCGAGAACCUCUGGGAGAAACUUCAGAUUGAUGAGGAGGAGACCAAGGCCUUCCUCAACGAGAACAGAGGCUGCGGAAUCCGCCAAAUUAACGAGUUUGAAGACGAGCUGGAGCGAUUGAAUGUGGUAAAGCGGAAGAAUAUGCACAUCUUCAUUGAGGACGCGCGCGUCAAGCUCCAAGAACUGUGGGAUGUCCUGUACUUUUCGGACGAUGACAUGCUCGAGUUUACUCCAGCCUUUUCGGACGUUUACAGUGAUGCGCUACUGGAGGCUCAUGAACGCGAGAUUGCUCGCUUGGAGACACUGAAAGAGCAGCGCGCGCCGAUCCUCGACCUCGUUGCUAAGCACAAGUCUCUGAUUAAGGACCGAGACGAGCUUCUCGCAGCCAGCCAGGAUGCCUCUCGUCUUAUGUUGCGCGGCCAGAAGGGCGAGAAGCGCGAUCCUGGAAAGCUGCUUCGCGAGGAAAAGAUGCGCAAGCGCAUCGCCAAGGAGCUGCCCAAGGUGACGGCUGACGUUCGCAAAGCACUCGAGCAAUGGGAAGACGAGUACGAUAGACCGUACUUGGUGUUUGGCGAGCGAUACCUCGACGAGCUAGAUGCUGAAGACUCAAAGAAACCAACUCAAACCCGAUCCAGGACUCCGGCAGGCCCCCCUCCGUCAGCGACCAAGGCACUGGUGAAAUCAGUCUCAUCUUCGGCAAUCAGGCCUUCCACCACCACCAAGGCCUCCCAACCGCCUCGCUCAAUGACAAAAACUCCUACGGCCAGCGUAUACAACCUAAACAACAAGUCUCAGCCCAUGUUUUCGCAAUCCACCGCAGUGCCCAGCAGCCCCACAAGGCAGCCUAGCACAAGAGCUCCUCUGUCCAAGAUAAAGGAUGGCAGCAACUCACCAGAGCGGCCUAGAGCACAAUUCCAGAAGAGCAUGGAGGCAUUGCGUAAGGGCGGCUCCGUCAGACUCCCGCCGCCCAAGAUGCGCGAACUAAGAUCCGUCGCAUCAUUGGAAUCACCAUUCAAGCCUUAUAAGUCGAUGGGAUCAAACUCAACCACCAGCGUUGUGCGUGCGGUUGAGCCUGAGGACGCUUAUGAUGAGAGGCCACAGUCCAGAAUGAGCCGUGAGUCGAGCUUGUCGCACAGUCGCCAGCCCAGCUACAUCGAUGAGGAUUCAGGCGCAAGCCGCUACUCUUCGAUCCGAGAAGUCCCGCGGUAUCCUCAGACAGCCUCAAGCAGAUUCACUUCCAGCACAUCGACUACCUCAACCGUUGUGACCGGUUCUGAGAACUGGGAGACAUACGACGACUACAGCGAGGAAGAGCCAGAUGUGUCGGACUCGUACUACGCCAAUCUUCGGUCCUCUCGAAGCAAGCGGAUGGAGCCCGAGCAGGGCCACCGACCAGUUAGCAGCGCGGCGAAGCGUACGCGCGGAGUUCCUGCAGCUUACGCACCGCCCGUGAUGAUUGAUCAAGACGGUAACCGAGUUUCGGGAGGCGGCGAGUGGACAGAGACAGACGAUGAUGGCUUUCCAUGA